UGAGUCUCAAUGAUAGCUAAGUAUCAUUACCCUAUCUACAAGCACAGUGCGCAGUGAAACGUCAUGUUGUCCAUCAAGAAUGGUUUCGCCCUCGUGGCUCCCGCGUCCAAGGGACUAGGCUUCGCUUUUGCCCAACAGCUGCUGUUCCACACGACAUUACCCGUCAUCGCAACUGCUCGGAAGAAUUGUGACGAAGUCCGGGAUAAACUGCUAGGUGCAGUCAAGAGCGACUCCAAUAGCCCGAGGGAGAGACUGAAGGUCCUGCAAGUGGAUGUGACUGAUGAAUCGACUAUCCAUGCAAUGACCUCAUACAUUCGACAAAACUAUCCAGAUACCGCUCUCCGUAUAGCUAUCACCGUUCCUGGGAUCUUACAUGUUGAAAAGGCACCCUCGCAGAUUGAUGCUACCAAUGCUCUUGAUAGCUUCAAGGUCAACGCUCUCGGACCCAUGCUGUUGAUGAAGCACCUAACACCCUUCUUACCUACCAAGUCUUCAGAUCCUUUUCCGGUAGGCGCAGAGCUUUGCGAGGGCGAUGGCUCCUGGGAACUCCCAUCCCAUGCCGUAUACGCCAUGAUGGCGGCACGAGUUGGUUCGAUUUCCGACAAUGGAAGUGGAGGCUGGUACUCAUAUCGUGCCAGCAAAGCAUCUGUAUUUCAGUUAGCGAAGACUUUUGACUUGUAUCUACGCACUCGCAGCAAGGAUCGCGCAUUAGCGGUAGCGAUGCAUCCUGGUACUGUCCAGACGGACUUCACAAGAGAAUACUGGGAUGGGCGCAAGAUGUUACAGCCUAGCGAGUCUGCUGAUAGACUGCUUCGAUUUUUGUGUACAAUGGGCUCUGGCAACAAUGAUGGACGAGGUCGAUGUUGGGAUUGGAAAGGAGAGGAAAUUUAUCCCUGAAUGAGGACGAAAGAUGAAAGGUAAACCAUUGUAUGAUUCUAGUUCAAGGCAGAGAAUCCACUAGAGCCUGAGCACGGCGAGCAUCACUGAAAAAAAGUCGAUCUGCG